UUAAUAUUUUCCAAAGUUAAGGUUUUGUUUGCUCUUAUAGAAAACAAGAAAUGUAAGACUAAACUACCCUGAUAUAUGAACGUUACACCAACGAACGCCGAGGGUAAGACAAACAUUUCAGAAAAGAGAGAGGAUGAAAAAGGCCUAUUAGGGCUGGGUAAUUAGGGUUCCAAUCGGGUUUCGGUUCGGAUUCAUUCGAGUUUCGGUUUUCAGAUUCAUGAAUUUCAGUUUCAUUCAAAUAAAUAUUAUAAAACUUCUGGGUCAGAUUCAGUUAAGGUUUUGUCAAUUCAAUUAAGGUGUAAUUGGGUUCAGUUUGGGUUUAGUUACAUGUCCAAAAUCAUGUUGAACCCGAAAUAGUUUCAGUUGCAGAUAUUAAUCGGGUUAUCGAUUUCAAAAAUAUUGAUUUAUACUUGAUUAAACUCAAUAUAUUUCCAAUAAAUUUGUGUACGUGGCGACUCGUCUAUCAACCAUACAAGAUUCUUCUUUGAACUAUACGUGACAACAUCAGAUAUAUCAUGACAAACCAAAGCUUUGUACGAACAAGAAUCAUACAUAACAAAAAAAAUAAAGAAAUUAAAAUUAACAAUUACCAACUCUAUAAACUCAAGAAACACUAUUUUUAUUUUAAGAAAAAACAUUGUUUAAACUUGAGAAUCAAACUUAUUCAUAUUUGAACUUUCAAAUGCAAUUGUUAAAACAUAAAAACAUUAAUACUGACCAAAUACCAAAAUAUAUAUUAAACUUAAUUUUGUAAUAUAUAAUUAUUUUAAGUCUCAGUAAUAUCUUAGUGUAUUUUGGUUACAUAUUAGUGAUUGAUAUCAAAUUUGGUACAAGUUCUUUUUGGAAUUUUGAAUUUUUAGGAUUUUGGGAUAUUCAUUCGGGUUCGGAUAAAUCCAUAACCAGAAAUACCAUAAAAUAAAAUCUGCUCGGCAUUUGUGUCAGUUCAGAUUGAUUUUAUCGGGUCUGGUUAAGUUCGGAUAUUUGGAUUCGGUUUAGUCUAUUUCAUAAAGUCCUUGGCUUCGUAGACAAAGGGUAACUCCAAACCUAAUUAAACUCUCGAGUGUGGAUUGUUAUCUAAGGGUAACCAAUCAUAGACAAAGACGUUCUCCUCAAGUUUUGUGUAGUAGCAGCGACGAUGCUAAGACCAGAUGAUCAAGCUUCGUUUGACACUUCUAGGCAGUUAGGUUCUCUUUAUCUUUUAGUUCUUUGCUUAUGGAAUAUUUGAUAGCAAAGAGAUUUUCAACUUUUUACAGGACGAAUAUGGGCUUCCUUUGUCGCCGGUGGUGACGAGCGUGGCAGUUUGAUUAUUGUUAAGGGUUUCGAUAACUUGUGUGAGUCUUUGGAAUCUGAGGAUAUGAGUUUGGUUAGUGGUAAAGUCCAUGAUGAAGAAGAUCAUACUGUAAAAGAGGAGAUUACUUCUACAGAUUCUGUGCGUGAGGAACAUGAUGAUGAUCUGACUGCUGCAUAUGGUAGAGAUUUAGAGUCGGUAGGUAAGGAAACAUCAGAGCCACUUGUGGAUAUUGUUUCUGCAAGUGAGUUUUGCAGCCAAGGAUCUUCAGGAGAACGUGUCAUGGGGGUUGAUAGGUCUGGAGAACAGCUCUUGGAUGAUGCACAUUCCAGUGUAACAAAUGUUCAUAGCUAUCAAGGAUAUAGGUUUGAUGGCCAUAUUUCCACAGAUUCUGACGAGGAAGCAGACACCAAUAUUGUAGAUGAGGAGGAGUUUGAUACUGCAGCUUUGGCUACGUUUUUAAAGGCGGCCACUGGUGGAACUUCAGAUGAUCUUCAUUCUACCAUAACAUCUCAAGAUGGAACAGAACCUCCAGCUGGAUUGGGCUCAUCUUUAAGACUUGUGAGAUCACGUCUAAAUCGCACCAACAUGUUCCCCAGUCUAAAAGUCGGAAUGGACGGCGGGAGUGAGAGUAACUUGAGCGAGGAAGAGAAACAUAAGCUGGAAAAACUGCAAAGUUUGCGUGUGAAAUAUCUGCGUCUUGUGCAUAGGCUGGGGAAGUCAGUGAAAGAUUCAAUAGCAGAGCAGGUUCGUUACAAGCUUUCACUUCUUGCUAAUAGUCAGUCUUCAUUCAGUCUUGACGCUGCAAAGAAGAUGGCUAUGGAUCAGUCUGAAGAAUUAAACUUCUCUCUAAACAUACUGGUCCUUGGAAAGUCCGGUGUGGGAAAAAGUGCCACUAUAAACUCCAUCUUGGGCCAUCAGACUGUAUCCAUUGAUGCGUUUGGACCUUCCACCACUUCAGUCAAAGAAGUUUCUAGAACAGUGGACGGUGGUGUCAAGAUCACAAUCAUCGAUACGCCGGGCUUAAAAACUUCUGCCAUGGAUCAAAUUGGUAAUACCAAAAUGUUGUCCUCCGUGAAGAAGGUAAUGAAGAAGUUCCCACCUGAUAUUGUUCUUUACGUUGAUCGUCUUGAUGAUGCUCAGAACAAUCUUCCUUUGCUAAGAACAAUCACUGAUUCUCUUGGUCCAUCCAUAUGGGAGAACGCCAUAGUGAUACUGACUCAUUCUGCUUCAGCUCCUCCCGAUGACCCAUCCGGCACUCCUUUGAAGUAUGAGGAGUUUGUAUCGGCACGCUCCUACAUUGUUCAGCGUUCGAUUUCACAAGCCGUUGGUUUGGUUUACACGCCUCCAGUUUAUCUAGUUGAGAAUCAUCUUUUGUGCAGGAAGAACCGAGCAGGGGAAAAAGUUCUCCCAAACGGCCAAGUUUGGAAAUCUGAGCUGAUGCUUUUGUGCUACUCUAUCAAAGUUUUGUCCGAAGCAGUUUAUCUGAUGAAGCCUCGAGAAGAACCGCCACUGAACUACCGCAACGUUUUUGGAUCUCUUUGGCCCAAGCUGUCUCUCCCUAGCUUGUUGUCUUGGCUGUUGCCGUCCCGUUCACAUCCUUCAGACCAAGGUGGUGAAGUUGAUGAUGUGUCUGACUCUGAGGAUGAGGAUGAGUAUGACCAGCUUCCACCGUUUCAGCCUAUCCGGAGAACUCAGCUUACAAAACUCUCAAAGGAACUGAGAAAGGCGUAUUUCGAGGAGUAUGAUUACCGUGUAAAGCUCCUGCAGAAGAAGCAAUGGAGAGAGGGCUUGAAGAAAUAUGGAAAGAAGAGUACUGUAUAUGGAGAAGAAGUGGAUCCAGAGAACAAUGGGGCUCCAGUUACAUUACCAGAUAUGGUAUUGCCACCUUCAUUUGACAGUGAUAACUCAGCUUAUCGUUACCGCUCUCUAGAAUCCACUUCACAGUUCGUUACCAGGUCAGUGUUGGAUACUCAAGUCUGGGACCAUGAUUGUGGAUAUGACUGUGUCAUUGCAGAACAUAGUCUGGCCAUAGCUAAACGUUUUCCUGUUGCAAUCACCGUUCAAAUGACUAAGGACAAGGAAGAGUUCGAUAUCCAUCUGGACUCUUCUGUUUGUGCUAAGCACGGGGGCAAUGGUUCCACCAUGGCAGGGCUCACUGUCCGGAGUGUAAGUAAUCAGCUUAUGUACGUGGUCGUUGGGGAUACCAAAUUCAAUAACUUUAGGAAGAACAAGACGACUCUUGGAGGGUCUGUGACAUUCUUUGGUGAGGAUGUUGCGAUUGGUGUCAAACUCGAGGACCAGAUCACGCUCGGGAAAAGGAUCGUCCUAGCUGGAAACGCAGGGACCGUGCAGUCGCGGGAAGAGUCAGCUUACGAAGCAAACGUCGAGGUGAGGCUUAGAGAAGAUGAUUUCCCAAUAGGUCAAAACCAAUCUGCUUUGGGGCUGUCUCUAACCAAGUCUAAAGAAGAAGAUCUAACCCUCUCAGCGAAUCUCCGGUCUCAAGUCUCUAUAGGAAGACAAACGAAUGUAGCAGCUUUUGCAAGUCUUGAUACCAAGAGGACCGGACGUUUCGCAGUCAGAACCAGCAGCUCAGAUCAGUUGCAGAUAGCCUUCAUGGCCAUUUUUCCUCUUGCCAUGUCCAUCUACAAGAGGGUUGUUGGAUCAGGAGACAACUGAGAAAGACCUUUAAGAGACUAUAUAUAUAUACAUGAUAAUCUUGUGCGUUAAGUAAUCUUCUUGUUCUGUUGAGAUGAUUUACAUGGUAUUAUUGACUCAUGCCUUUUUUCUUGAUGUUCAAGAAAUUGUUCUGUAUUUUGUUUUUGACUGAAAAUAUCUUUAUUCUCGCUUAAAAGUUGCUGCAGAAGGUUGGUGCGUUGAAGAAUCUAUUAACCAACCCUAACUAUUUAUUUCUUAUCUUCCUCAAGAUAUCUUAUUGUUCUUUACUUGGAAAAUAGGUAAAUCAGUCAUACAUAUUAUUCAGACAUUCAAUUUCUUGACAGAUGCAGGAAGCUGGGUGAUCUUUUAACAUGAUGUUUAAUUGGAAAACGGUAAUAAAUAAGAUGUGGGUUUAAACAAAGACGUCUUAUUAAUGGUCAGAAAUAUAAACGUUCGAUCGGUUACAAGGGGAAAGAAGAGAGUGCGACAGAAAGGAAGCCGGUGGCUCGAUGAGCAACCGGAAAAGUACAACUAGCGGCGAGAUGAA